GGUAUUUCCAGGAGCAGUUUAAGGGCGACUGUUACUUCACCAACGGCACCGAGCGGGUGAGGCACGUGGAGAGGUACAUCUACAACGGGCAGCAGUUUGUGCACUUUGACAGCGACGUGGGGCACUUCGUGGCUGACCCCCUUCCGCCCGAGGUCGAGAUCUACCCGGCGCCGUCGGGCUCGCUGCCCCAGACCGACCGGCUGGUUUGCGCCGUGAUGGAUUUCUACCCCGCGGAGAUCGAGGUGAAGUGGUUCAGGAACGGGCAGGAGGAGACGGAGCGCGUGGUGUCCACGGACGUGAUCCAGAACGGG